AUGGAAGUUCCGGUUGAAAUUUAUGGGAAUGCCUCCAUGAGUUUUAGUCAGCGUGACUUCCUCGUGUGUACGUUCUUCGCUUGCAUCCUCCACAAUGCGAGUGAUUGCGAAGUAUCGUACCUACUGCCCAACAAUGGUUCCAUGCCACUGAUAAGUUACGAUGACCUCUCCAACACCACGUACGAUGCCCUUACCCUUGGGGCUUUGAACGGCUCCGAUGAGACGGUGUUCAAUCACAGCGUGCCGCUCAUCUUUUUUACUGAGGAAACUGCCUCAGUUGCGGGUUACGUGUCCUCAACGUUUGCCGUUGUGUUUGCCUACGUUGUGCCCUGCAUAGCGGCCUGCGGUGUGCUCACUAACCUGACCUAUCUUUUCACGCUGUGUCGAGUGCAGGCCUUACGCAACGUGACAAAUUUCUAUCUGACCAAUCUGGCAGUCGGGGAUCUUCUUUUAUUGGUAACAUUUUACGUGUUCCCUGCCAUACAAUAUUCGGUCUUAAACCCACCACGCCAUAUCCGCACUCGCUACUUAGUAGACAGUGUGUCAAAAGGCAUCGCGCAUGCUACCACCUUUCUUGGCGUAGCCUUCUGCACGCUGGUCAAUGUGGAGAGGUACAAGGCGAUUUGCCAUCCACUCAAGUACAUGCGUGUUCAGAGCUGGAAGAGGGCUGUAAGGCUUGUGGUCUUGACGUGGGUCAUAGCCGUUGCGUAUGGUUCUGUUGCUCUUUUUUUCGACACAGCGCGUGUGCCUCCGUUGACAGCUAACUGUCAAAUCUGGCCGGAUAAGGAACCAUAUCGUUCACUGACGGGACUUCACGAAGGCCCCGACAUGCAUGCCGUCUCAAAUGACCUUUUAGACCGGGAAACGAGUGUAAAGGCGUAUGGAAUUGCCAGGAUCGUGUUUCAAUUCUUGACAGUGUUAGUCAACGCUGUCUUGUACAUUCUCACAAUCCGGAAAAUUCGCAAACCGUCGCCAGCGGCUUCGGAGAACCCAAAAUUUGCCCGCAGACGCAAUCGCAUCACAGCCAUGCUCAUGAUCAAUGGGGUGGUGUUUUACCUAUGUCUCCUACCAGCUUCAAUUCUUGAAACGACCAACAUCUUUAUGGUGUGGGGGGCUGGGACCAAUUGGACCCCGACACUCGAUGAAGCAUUCUCCUAUGUGAAUUUCGUAACUGGCAGCUACUGUUUUACUGGCAUCGCGAAGGCUCUUAAUGCAUCACUGAACCCGAUCGUAUUCAACGUCGGGAGCGCGGCGUACAGGGAGGCGUUUGUCCAAGCCUUCUGUUGCUGCAAGAAGAAGCCAGCUGGACGGACAGAACACAUCGCAAUGCAGAACAUUAAUACCAGACGGACCUAA